CCUUUGUUAUCUUUAGUUGGAAAUGAUCCGUACAACCUUGCCAAAAGCUUUCUAAACAAGUCAAGCAAUAUCGUGAUGCUUUAAAAUCAACUCGUUUGAAAGACCGGAGGCGGGAUGAAACAAAACCCUCUUCCUUCCCACGCACACACAAACCACUUCACCGUAUUCCGCCAUGGAUUCAGCCAGACACACCUGUUUGAAACUUCAAAUCCCCCAAAACCCUCAUCCAUUCUUCAUCAAAGGCACCUGGUUUCCUUCUCACUUCAAUCUCUCCAUCACCGAUGGCCUUGACGCUUGGACUUGCAACGCAUCAGAAGAGGAAGUGAAGGAGAGAGCUUCUAAUUGGGACCAACCUACAUCGGAGUACAUCGAUUUGUCGGAACGCUACCUAGGGUUUCAACAGCCUGAUUCGAUUUACGGGUUUGCUGAUGCUGCUGGAGGCAAUAAAAGAUUAUCAUGGACAUUCAAGAAAGAAGGUACAAAGCUAGAGUGGCGAUGGAAGUUUAAACCAGCUGAAGAUAGUAAGAAGAUAACCGCAGGAAUACUUGACUUCUUGAUGGAUGCUAACAUACGCCUAAGUGAGGAAGUUGUGAUGAAAACAAAGUCAAAUGAGAAACUUAAAACAGAAGCUGAAAAAUGUCUAGCACAAAGUGAGAAGUUUCAGAAUGAGAAAGCAGAGUUUGAAACCACAAUUUAUUCUAAGUUUCUUGGUGUAUUGAACUCAAAGAAAGCAAAAUUAAGAGAGAUGAGAGAGAAAAUGUCAAAUCAGGAAAAUAAUGUUAAAUCAGAGGAAGAAGAAGAAGAAGAGCAUGAGGGAGAAUCCAGUGAUAGAACAGAGACUUUUGAGGGUGAUAGUGAAGAUGAUGACGUGGAGGAAGACACUGCCACGAAUGUCACCAGCACUUCAGAAAACAAGCCACGUGGUAGAAAAAGAAAGUAAAAUACAUCAAUUUAAGAUAGAUAUAAAUAUUUGGCUCAUGUUUUACUUUUAGAGGCGAGAUGUAAAAUGAUGUAGCUGUUUUUCUCAACCCUUUUUUUGUGUUAAAUUUGACAUCAUCAC